UAUUUACCGUCGAAGUACUGUUUGGGAUAUGUGUUGAUACAAGAAUCGUAUAAAAACCGGCAAUUUUAUAAGUUUCUCAUCAUAAUAAUCGGAGAUGAUGUGGCGAGCUGGUAUUGUUGUGAUCGUUUACAUUACUGUUGCAUUACAACAAUCGUUUGCAGAUUCUAAAGAUGGAGUUGAAAACGGACUACUUCUACAGCGACUGAAACGUUCCACUUAUGGUAAAUGUGAUCCUCAACCGCCUUCACCUCCCCUUCAUCUUCGUCCACAGCCUCCUCCGCCACCCCCACAUGCCCCGCCCCCUCCACCUCCACGAAUCCCACCACCACCCCAGCCAAGGCGGGAACGUAACCAACAGCUUCCAAGCAGCGGAUGCAGUACUUGCAGCCGAAGCGACAGCUCAGCCAUCAGCAAUGCGAAAAGUGGGUCUGGUGAUGCCAUAGCUGUUGCCAUAGCUAAGGCUAGUGGUUAAGGAACUGUUGCGUUAUUCCAUUUAAAAACUGUAAAGACUUGUUGUUGAUUAAUGUUACAUCAAAAAUGAAAAUACGAUUAAAUAAUUAAUUAUCA